GGAUUUUAGAAGUUUGGUUUAUUUUGAAAGUAACUGGAAUCAGUGUAACCGGAAGCUGUCUGAUCCGCUGCUGCCGAGCAGAGACUGACGCAAAGCCGAGACCGUCGCCAGGAGCGGGCUCCAGAGCCGCCGGAGCCGCCUCGCACCGCGGACUGCAUUGUUUAACCCGUCAAACGGAGGCGGACAGAUCGGUGCCGGUGAUCCGGUUCUGCCGCCUGAAUGUGAGGGAUACAACCUGCACCGGCGACCGGAGCCUGUUCAUGUGUUUGGAUACACCGACCAGGAAUCGACAGCCGACGGGAUCGAUGUAAUUUUUGGCAGAACAGCAAACCGCUUUAAAAUGGCAACCGCCGACCUCUCCCGGCGACCGUAGACCCAGAGUCAGCAGACAGACCCGGUCCACUGUCCAGGUCUCUGCUGUGUCUCUGUGGGAGUCUGGGAAAAGAUCAACCCGGAGACUCGCUGCUGUCAGUCACACUGAGGAUGAAGAGGCCGUGGGACACUUCCUGUCUCUGACUGGUGCUGAUAUCAGAGGUGAAAGACGUCAGGUGUCCCCCGCGCUGCUGUCAAAGCUCAGUGAAUCCUGGAGUCAGAGUGUUUGUCUGAACAGCGUUGGACACGGCUCAGCUUCGUCUGUGCUGAGGAGGCAUCAUGUCGGCGGCUCAGACCCAGAAGGAGAGCAGCGAGGCGGGCUGGGGCUGUCUGGAGGCUCUGGGUCUCAGUCAGAAGGAGCUGGUUCUGGCCGAAGCCCUGCAGAUGGAGUAUGACGCCCUCUCCAGACUCAAACAGGACAAAAGCGGCACAGGAACCGGCCAGACCGGAUCUAGAGCUCCCGGUCAGAUCCGCUCCAAGACCCCGAAUCCCUCCAUCGAACGUCCCCGACCCACCCCCUGCCAGCCCGGUCCUGCCCCUGAGGGAGGAAGCCUGCUGAGGGGCCUCUCCGGGUCCGAUUCCUCCCUGAACCUGCCUGGAGGGUCCCAGUCUUCACAUUCCAUCCCAGCCAGGGCGCUCCCCCCUCAGGGUGGCUAUGUCAAAGAGUCCCUGUACAUCCUGGACAGUCCAGAGGUCAGCAAGUUCAGAGACUAUUCCGGUCCCAGCCACGGGGACUCUCUUGGAUCUGGAUCAGGGUUUCUUCCCAAAAGCUUCCCCUCUUUCCCAGAUGACGUCCCCCCUGCCGUCCCACCGAGACACCCUGUCCCUCCGCUGUCAGGCUCAGAGAACCCCUUCCUGCCCCCUCGAGGGUCCACCGUGCCCCGAGAUGUGAACCUGUUCACGCCCGAUGUGGAUCAGCCCAAAGUGAUCUCAGGAGAGCUGAACUACGACAACAUCAACGACUCACUGUCCAGACUCAACCGGAGUCAGCAGGGGCCUCGAGGCCGGAGGGCCAACGGGGACCAAUCAGGGAAGCCUGUGGCUCGCAGUAAGACCCUCCCCCCUCAGGUGCCGCCCAGGACCUACGUACCUGUCCCGAAGAGCAACAAGAACCAGCGGCGGGUGUCUGCAGACCCGGUGUCUCUGCGCUCCAGGAUGAAUGGGUUUGGAUACGAGCUGUUCCAGGUGUCGGAGGAGAGAGACGAGGAGGUGGCGGCUUUCUGUCACAUGCUGGACGUUUUACGCUCGGCGUACCCGUGCAGCGACCGGUCGAAGAACGCUGGCUUCGUUUGGUCGCCUUCCGUCGGCCAUGAGGAGCUUCAUCAGGGUCUGGGUGUCAGUGUGAAGGUCACCGUCAUCAGCGAACACUUCCGAGAACCGCUCACCUUUACCUGUGAUGGUUCGUCCACGGUGGAUCUGCUGAUCUAUCAGACUCUGUGCUACGCUCAGGACGACCUGGAUCACCUGGAUGUGGACGAUUACCUGCUGAAGGUCUGCGGACACAACGAGUUCUUCAACAACUCUCAGACUCUUGCUGGUCUUGAGUUUGUUCAACAGUGUCUGAAGUUUGACUGGGACGUCCGGCUGUUUCUCACCAAGAGAUCAGCCAUCAACACAGAGCUGGCCCGCAUGAAAGAAGACGAUGAGACGGCGUCUACCAUGAACCACAGCAUCCUGCUGCAGGAGCGACCAAUCAAACAGACCGUCACCAGGGAGGCUCUGACUCUGCUGUUGGACACCUUCCAUAAUGAAGCUGAGUCCUUCCUUCUGUCAGAGGUGGAGCUACCUCUGCACGUUGAGCGUCUCGUCCAAUCAGUGAAGGCGCUCUGCAGCUCGUUAGCUGCCAUGGAAACUCCUGAUGUGACCGCUGCCCUCAGCCAGCUCCCAGCAUGCCCCUGUCGCCUGCAGCCCAAAGUCCUGAAGGAUGCUUCAGUGCUGGCUGUCAGAGAGAACAGAGAGAAAGUGGUAGAGAAGUUGACGGCAGCCAUCUUGGAUCUGGUGGAGCUGUACUGCAGCACUUUUAACGCCAACUUCCACACGACACCGCAGAGUCACUGCUGCACGGCGCCGGUCCAGGAGGCUGGCCUCGUCACCAAUGUGCUGUCCUUCAACGUGUACGCCGCCCACAGGAUCCCCAUCACCUGGGCCGCCAGUUACGAGGGCUUCUUCCUGUCCUGCUCUCUGACUCAUGGAGGGGUGGAGCUCUGCGCGCCGCAGCACACCAGCAAACAGUCGGUCAGCAAAUACCUGUUCCACCUGGUGGUGUGGGAUCAGAGGGUGUGUUUCCCCGUGCAGAUCAACCAGCUGCCCAGAGAGUCUCAGCUGACGGUCAUUCUGUUUGCCAGCUCUCUGCCGCCCCCCGGAGGCGCUGACGACAAGGGGAAGCAGCGUCGCAGCAUCGAGGCUCUGGGCUGGGUCACCAUGCCGCUCUUCAACUUCAGACACGUCCUCACAUGUGGCAGGAAAUUACUGGGACUGUGGCCUUCGACCCCGGGGAGGAGUGGGAACGCCCGGACGAGUUCACCCAAUUUCAGCCAACCAGACAGUGUGAUACUGCAGGUGGACUUCCCCACCUCCUCAUUCGAGGUUCGCUUCAGUACUCCUCCUCCAGCAGACUUCUGUCCUCAGUACGACUUCUCCAGACUGGACACCAUCAGUCAGAUCCAGCUACAGGACGUCCUGCACAAGAAGGCCUUCUUCUGGUUGACGGCAGAGGACAAGCGGCUGCUGUGGGAGAAGAAGGCUUUCUGUCAGUCUGAGAGUGCCGCUCUGCCUCUGGUUCUGGCCAGCGCCCCCUGUUGGGAGUGGGCCUGUCUGCCUGACAUCUACGCCCUGCUGAGACAGUGGGCCUGCCUGGGUCACCUGGACGCCCUGGGACUCCUCCACGCCUCGUUCCCGGACCAGGAGCUGAGGAGGACGGCCGUCCAGUGGAUGGAUUCCAUCUCAGACCCAGAGCUGCUGGACUUCCUGCCUCAGCUGGUCCAGGCUCUGAAGUACGAGUGUUACCUGGACAGCUCUCUGGUUCGAUUCCUCCUACGGAGAGCCAUCGGGGACAUUCGCAUCGCUCACUACCUCUUCUGGCUGCUGAAGGACAACCUGCAGGACAGUCAGUUCAGCGCUCGGUAUCAGCACCUUCUGGCUGCUCUGCUCUGCUGCGUCGGACGAGGUCUCCGGGACGAAUUUGACCGUCAGUGCUGGCUCGUCUCCAUCCUCACCAAGGUGGCUCAGAAAGUGCGAGACGCUGCACCGUCCAGCAGACAGUCUGUCCUCAGAGAAGGUCUGGAGGAGAUGAAGCAGUUCUUCUCCAUGAACAGCAGCUGUAGACUUCCUCUGAACCCGGCGCUGCUCGUCACCGGAAUCAACAUCCAGUCCUGUUCCUUCUUCAACUCCAACGCUGUCCCUCUCAAACUGUCCUUCCAAAACUUUGACCCCCUGGGAGACAACGUCAACGUCAUCUUCAAGUCAGGAGACGACCUGCGGCAGGACAUGCUGACUCUGCAGAUGAUCCGCAUCAUGAACAAGAUCUGGAUCCAGGAGGGUUUGGACAUGAGGAUGGUCAUCUUCAAAUGCUUCUCCACUGGCAGAGGACGAGGUGAGGUCACUCCAGGUAUGGUGGAGAUGAUUCCUCAAGCUGACACACUGAGGAAGAUCCAGGUGGAACAUGGAGUCACUGGAUCGUUCAAAGACCGAACGCUGGCCGACUGGCUGCUGAAACACAACCCCACUGACGAGCAGUACGACAAGGCGGUGGAGAACUUCAUCUACUCGUGCGCCGGCUGCUGCGUGGCGACUUACAUCCUGGGAAUCUGUGACCGCCACAACGACAACAUCAUGCUGAAGACCAGCGGCCACAUGUUCCACAUCGACUUCGGAAAGUUCCUGGGACACGCACAGAUGUUCGGAAACAUCAAACGGGACCGAGCCCCCUUCGUCUUCACCUCCGACAUGGCGUACGUCAUCAACGGAGGAGACAAACCGUCCAGUCGCUUCCACGACUUCGUGGAUCUGUGCUGCGAGGCCUACAAUCUGAUCAGGAAACACACACACCUGUUCCUCAACCUGCUGGGCCUGAUGUUGUCCUGUGGGAUUCCUGAACUCUCUGAUCUGGAGGAUCUGAAGUACGUCUAUGAUGCUCUGAGACCUCACGAGUCUGAGGCUGAUGCCACCAUGUACUUCACCAGGUUGAUCGAGUCCAGUCUGGGCAGCGUCGCCACCAAACUCAACUUCUUCAUCCACAAUCUGGCUCAGAUGAAGUUCGCCUCGACGGAGGACCGUCCCACGCUGUCGUUCGCUCCCAGAGUUCACACGGCGAAGAGCGACGGCCUCAUCAGGAGCCUGUACAUCUGCAGACACAUCCGCACCGCCAAGGCCUACGCCUUUGUGGUGAAGGUGGAGCGUGAAGGUCAGCAGGAAGUUCAGCUGGUUCAGAGGACGUUUGAAGAGUUUCAUGAACUUCACAGUAAACUGAGACUCAUCUUCCCCUCAUCCAGACUGCCCAGUUUCCCGAGCCGUUUUGUGAUUGGUCGGUCCCGAGGUGAGGCGAUGGCCGACAGGAGGAAGGACGAGCUGAACGGUUAUGUCUGGCACCUGAUCCACGCCGGCCUAGAGGUGGCCCAGUGUGACCUGGUCUACACUUUUUUCCACCCACUCCCCAGAGACGAAAGGCCGGGGACAACAACCAGCAAACCAGCAGAGAUCUCGUGGUCUCCAGCUUCAGGGACAGAGCUCGGUGAAGUCAAACUGUCCAUCUCCUACAAGAAGGACAAACUCUUCAUCAUGGUCAUGCACAUACGAGGCCUGCAGCCCCUGCAGGAUGGGACAGACCCCGACCCAUACGUGAAGCUCUACCUCCUCCCGGACCCUCAGAAGACCAGCAAGAGGAAGACCAAGGCUGCGCGACGCACCUGUAACCCCACCUACAACGAGAUGCUGGUGUAUGAGCGGAUCCCUCAGGGGGACCUGGACCAGAGGGUGAUCCACCUGCGGGUUCUGGGUGAGGGGGCAUUCUGGGAGAACACCCUGCUGGCAGAGACCUUCAUCCCCCUGAAGAAGCUGGUCCCAGGUCAGCACUGGGUGGACUGGCACCAGCUGGGUGCCGCCGGCUCUGACUCCGCCCACUGACAGACAGGAAACCGACUGUUUUAAAGGAAGAGAAGAAGAGAAGCGGUUCCUCUCACAAGGAGGACAGAAGAAAAAGGGAAAAUCCUUUCAAAGUAAAAGCUGUGCUGCUGGUCCUCCCUCCGUGUGUGAGGGAGUUUAAGGUGAAAGGUCACUUACUGAGGAUGACGCAGUAAAACCGGGACGUUUAUUUGUAAUUUAUUGAUUUAAAAAAGAAUAAUUUAAAGCAUUUUUCAGCAGAGUUUGGUGAACGAGGCAGAUUUACUGUCUGACACGAUCACGUGAACUUCAUCAUUUCAGAUCCUGCUCCUGUGACGACAGGACUAAAGUUAGUGAGUUACAAUAACCAACUAGUUUUUCUAAAAUUAACCCAAACACGUGAACUUUAAUCAGAACAGGGAGUGUUAGCUUCACCGCGCUCCGACAGCACGCAGCCACUGACGUGUCUGGGAGCUGAGCCUGGGACCUGCUGCUCAGGGCUUUUAGCCCAUACGCUCGUCCCUUAAAGACAAGUGAAGGAAUAACAUCUCGACUUGAUGAAGACCUCUGUGGACUCAGACAGAGAGGACAGAAGCUGGUCUCCACAUCGUCUGUCCUGCUGGUUCUGAUGCGGCUCAGACUGGAGUCUGGAUUCUGACUGCUGAAUGUUUUAAAUAGCUGCUCAGACGUGAAUGAAGAUCGUCAGACUGUGCAGUCAGCACGCACAGAGGCAUGCUGGGAAAUGCACACUGAUUGUAGAUGAAGGUGGAGAAGACGCUUAUCUGCAGGGACCAUGAAGAAGACUUUACACAGUUUUACUGUAAAUGAAGAGACUUUUUUUUCUUUUUUUUAGUGUCUGUUUUCAUCUUCCUGCAGGAAGGUAGAUGGAAAACAAGUGUGCACAUCUUCCAGGAUGUUUCCAGGCCUGGAAAGCUGCAUGAAGGAAUUCCAGUGACGUUUUCUGCAGGUUUCUGUGUCCGGAGAAUAAAGUUAGUCAGUCACCUUAAGUCUCGGUUGUAAUUUCAGCACAAAGUAAGAGAGUGUUUGUUCAGGUUCAGAUUCAGGUCGUCUGACCGGAGGAUAGUUUUUGGAGCGUGGAUGUGGAUUUUGAUUCUGGAGCUUGUGAAAGUCUGAGAGUAAAUCCUGAUGCUGGGAUUUCUCCCUCAUUUCAGUCUCUGCCUGUGAUUUUCUGUGUUUGUGGGAAAGUUUUGUGAGUCUGUUUGUGAUGAUGGGCGCUGCAGUGAGUGUGAGGAGGAGCUGGAGCAGCAGCUGGAGCAGCAGCUGGAGGAGGAGCUGGAGGAACAGCUGGAGGAGGAGCUGGAGGAGCAGCUGGAGCAGCAGCUGGAGGAGCAGCUGGAGGAGGAGCUGGAGCAGCAGCUGGAGGACUGUCUGCAGGUUGUGUCUGCAGGUUGUGUCUGAGCUGUGGAUGAGACAGACUGAGGUGAUCUGCUCUGUUCACGUCUCUGGAACCAGGAAGUUAAGACCUGAGUCAAACCUGAGACAUUUUAAAUGAAGUUGUCUUGACCUUUGACCCUAACGCUCCUUGUCAUUGUCCAUUAGCUGCAGCUGAGGCUGUAACCACGAGGUUUGAUCAGAAGCACAAGUACAGUGAUUGUGUCUUACACUCAGCGCUGUACCUGAACACACCCUGACACAGAGGGACACUCAGCGUGUCCUGCGGUGAGUCCCGUGGGUGAAACGUGACUGAGCGCGACUCGUUAAACUCUCGCAGUCGUUGUAUGAUCACGUGUUUUUGGCAUGUGGUAACGUGCUGCUCAUUGUGCGGCUCCUGGUGCAGACACUGCGUUACAGCUAACAUCUGUACAGCUGCUACGGUGGCUGUUUGGGCCCAAACCAUUUUGGACUAAUUAAGUACUUCAGUAAAAAGACACACCGAUAUAUUUACUAAUAUUAUUAGUAAAGUGAUUUUUAAUACUCAAAAGGACGCAGUCAAAUGAAGACCACAGCCAGACUCCUAACUAACCCAGCCCAGGUCUUUCAAAGUCUGGUUAAACUCUCGUUUUUUAAAUGGAGUUUGGUAGAAAGCUGAAGUGAUGAGACUGAGCUGCAGCUGAGGGGCUGAAAUGGCCUGAAGGCAGAGUGGCGUGCAGUGAAGUCGGUGAGUUUGAGAAUGUAAGUUCAGAAUGAACUGGAUCUUUAUUUGUCCUGAAGUGAGUGAAAGUGUGAGCCAGCGUUCAGACUCUGAUGCCAGUGUAGAGACAAACUCUCAUUAAUGUGGAACCUUUUGGAACGUUUUGUAUUGUUUGCACUAAAAAUAAACUUGAAUUGAACAAA